UAGGAUGCUGCCUUUUCUCACCAUAAAAGCGCAGCUCUGCAAACUCAGUUGGACUUAAUCCUUUCGUUGCUGUGGGUCCUCCUGCUGGGUGGGUCCCAUCUGCUGAUCAGGCAAACCUCGAACCCAGACCCCACGGGACGGGACGCCAGUGAAAAGAAACAGAACAAGGAUGAUUCAGCGACCUGGAGUUGAUUUGGUCAGCGCCUGCUAAGGCCUAGUUGACCCUGGGGAUUAAAGCAGUGUCAAGGAUACCUUUGAAACAGUUCAUUCGAACACAGCCCAAACCCAGUCUGGCUGGUCGGGGUAUUCGGACAAAACUCACAAUUAAAUUAUAUUUGAAAGGAGUUUUUCCUGAUCACCCCACGUAGCCAAAUCGCGCCUGAGCUGUAAUCCAGUGAGCUGCUUUGAAUCUGUCCUUACAAAGGGCUCUGCCGGCACCGCCAGACCCAGUGUGAACAGGCCUCAGUUACCGGUGGCUGCAGAAAGGUGAACAUGUCGCCUGUUUUGGAGUCCGCAAUUCUUUCGGAGACAGAAAAGAUGUGGAACGGGUCAUAUCCCGCUGAGAAGAUGAAGCCAGAGCCACUCCUGGCCUCCCAGGAAACCCAAAUGAAACCAAACGGAACAACUCAUGUGCCCAUCCCCCCACAGGGCGGAGAGAGCCGCAAAAUCUGCCCUACAGGUUUGCUGUCUGGGUUGAAACCAUGGGCACAUCGCUGGGCAGUUCCGAGUGUGGUUCUCAAUCUCAUACUGAGCAUCCUCCUCCUCAUCUUCAUCAUUGCACUGUCAGCAAAGAAAUCUGAUCCUGUCUCCCCAGCGGCCGCCUGCCCAGAGGGCUGGGUCAGGUACCUGGGGAAGCAUUACUAUUUCUCCGAGGCUAGAGCAGACUGGAACUACAGUCAGAGCAACUGCUCUGCGCUUGGUGCCUCCCUGGCUACGAUUGACACCCAGCAGGAAAUGGCUUUCCUGAUGCUCUAUAAAGGCCCCUCUGACUUUUGGAUCGGCCUCCGGAGGGAACCGGACCAGCCCUGGAAAUGGGCCAGUGGCACCAAAUUCAACAAGUGGUUUCCAAUAGCAGGAGGAGAACAAUGUGCUUUUCUGAACCACAACGACGUUGCCAGUUCAAGAUGCUCCAGACACACAUAUUGGAUCUGCAGCAAACCAGCGCAGAAACUAGAAGGCCGAGCAAAGUGA